CGAAUUUCGUAGGUGGUAAGGAGCAGAUGAGAAUGCCUACUUAAGAGACCUCGCUGCGCUGCUCAAAGUGUCAAUCAUCAACGCACUCUUCAACUCUCAACUACAAACUUCAACUUCUACCACUAAAUCAAACCACCAACCCACAAUCAACAUGUCUGACAACCUCCGCAAGGGUCUCGGCGAGCAGGCUUCUGAAAAGGUCACUCCCGACUCCCAGAAGUCCACCACCGACAAGAUCGGUGAGAACGUCUCCGGUGCUGGUGACCGCAUUGCCGGUGCCGUCCAGCCUGAGGGCCAGAAGUCUACCGGCCAGAAGCUUGGCGAUGCUACUCGCAGCGGCUCCGACGAAACCUCCAACCAGGGCGAGGGUGUCCUCAAGCAGGCUCAGGACGGUCUGAGCAACGCUGCUUCCUCCGUUCAGAACGCCCUCGGUGGCAACAAGCAGUAGAGAACCCUGCGGUAGCUCUGUUACGACUCAAACCUUCCAUGUGGCUUUAAAUGCCGGACGGACAUCAUUAUACCCUACGAUACGAAUGAAAUGAACAUUUGAACUAGACACCUUGCUCUUUGUGACUGUGAUUAUGCAUUGCGACGCUAGUGAUGUUGAUGAUCGACUGUCAACUACUCAAGCUG